AUGCCUGGCCUGUAUUGCCCAUCGACCUGGACUCCUCUGCCCCUCAAGGACUCCUGGGUCCGGGCCUGUGCCAAUGGCCCUUGCUUGGGCCUCAAUGCCCGCCUCACUUACCACAACCCAGCACCAGAGCCUGUGGAAGGGGUGUUUGUAUAUCCACUGGCUGAGGCAGAGGCCGAAGUAGUGUCUGGCUUCGAGGCAGAAGCAGCCGGAAGGCGGGUCUCCUUCCAGUUGCAAAGCCGCCACAGAAGCCCCAGCGAGCCCUGCUGCAGGGAGCUGCGUCCAGAGGCUGGCCUGCCCCGUCGUUGUGCCCAGGGUCAUUUGGUUCUGGAUCCAGCCCAGGCUCGUUCCACACUGGUGCUGCCCACAGGCCUCAUAGCCCCCGAAGGGACCGUCACCGUGUCGCUGAGGAGCAGCCGAGAGCUUCCCACGAGGCCAGACGGGGCGAUACGUGUGGCCUUGCCCUCCAUCCUCACCCCCCUGGCCCAGUUCAGCCCAGCCAGAUUCCCUGGCCUCUGUGACGACAGUCCCACCAGCUGCUUUGGGGUGGGCACUCCUGAGGAUGAGGGGCCUGCCCUGCAAGACUCACCAGCCCCCAGGGAUGUGUUCUGUGGCCCUGCCCGGUGCCCAGGUCCCUACACCUUUUCCUUUGAGAUGCUGGUGACUGGACCAUGCCUGCUGGCAGGCCUGGAGAGUCCCUCCCAUGCCCUCCGAGCAGAUGCCCCACCUCAUGCCAGUUCUGCAGCCACUAUCUGCAUCACCCUGGCUGAAGGGCACCCUUGUGACCGGGCCCUGGAAAUCCUGCUGCACCCCAGUGAGCCUCACCAGCCGCACCUGAUGCUGGAGGCAGGUGGUCUGAGUGCAGCAGAGUAUGAGGCCCGAGUGAGAAGCCGCAGGGACUUCCAGCGUCUCCUCCGAAAAGACAGUGAUGGGGACCGACAGGUGUGGUUCCUGCAGCGUCGCUUUCACAAGGACAUCCUCCUGAACCCAGUGCUGGUGCUGAGCUUCUGCCCAGACCUGAGCUCAGGGUCUCUGGACCUUGGCUCAGCUACGAGAGAGUUUCUCUUCCUAGUGGACAGCCAAGGAGUCCCUUACAAGGAUGCCCUGCUCCUUGCAGUGAAGUCUCUCCCACCUCAGACGCUCCUCAACAUCGCUACGUUUGGCUCCUCCGUGCAUCCCAUCUUCCCAGGCAGCCAACCCUGCAACGACCACACUGUGCAGCUGGCCUGUGAGGGCAUCGAGGCGCUGCAGGCAGGAUGGGAAAAGCCGGACGUGCUGGCGGGGCUUCGCUGGGCCCUGGAGCAGCCGGGGCAACGAGGCCAUCCCCGACAGCUGUUCCUGCUCACUGCGGCAGCUCCUGCUGCUGCCACCACCCACCACACUCUUGAGUUUGUGAGACACCAUGGGGGCAUGGCCAGGUGCUUCUCCUUUGGGCUGUACCCUGCCUGCCGCCAGCUGCUCCGGGGCCUGUCUGCCCUCAGUCGGGGUCAUGCUUACUUUCUGGACCCUGGAGAGAGGUUGCAGCCCACGCUAGUGAGGGCACUGCGGACUGCAUUGGAGCCAGCUCUGAGUGACAUUUCAGUGGACUGGUUUAUGCCCGAUACUGUAGAGGCAAUGCUGACUCCCCGGGAGAUCCCCACGCUCUACCCCGGAGACCGACUGAUCGGCUACUGUUCCCUCUUCCGCAUGGAAAGCUUCCGGCCUCGGCCACCUGUGGGUCAAGGGCAUGGAUGGAGGAGCGCAGGUGGUUCCGUCUUCCCGUCUCCCGAGGAGCCAUCGGCCACCAGCCACGGCACUGAGCCAACUGGGGCCACAGACCCCCUGGAGACCGGCACGGCAUCUGCCUGGCACUCCAGCCACGAUGGUCCUGGGGACUCAGAGAGGACAGGUGCUGAUCCCCCUACAGAUCCCAUCACUGAUCCUGGCCCAGACCCUCCCUCAGACGCAGCAAUCUGGCGGCGGAUCUUUCAUUCUUCCUACAUCCGUGAGCAGUAUGUCCUAACACGAUGUUCCACUAGCCCAGAGCCAGGCCCUGGCUCCCCGGGCAGCAGUGAGUCCCCAGGAUCCUGGGGCCUUGGCUCCCCGGAGAACAGUGCCCCCCCAGUUCUCCCUUCUCAGCAGGGCCACCGAAGCCUGGCUUGGGGAGACACUGCUGCUGCCGCCACCACCAGUCACUCCUGCCCCCUGCCUCUGUCAGCCCCGUUCACGGCUCCACCCCUAGCCCCAGAGACGCCAGGCCGGCUUCCCAAAGCGGCUUUCACAGGGCGCAGCCUCUCCACCCCCCACGGUGGAAAGGACUCUGUUCUCCACCCCCGAAGGAACCAGUCCCUGGGUGGACAGUUAGAUAAACCAAGCCCAGAGCAAAGGCAACAGCUUCGAAGAAGUCUGGAUGACUCAGGAAACCUGCUCUCCCCAACACCCCUGGAUUGGGACAUGUUGGUGGAGCCCCCCUUCAUGUUUGCCCCCUCACCAUCUGCAGAAGAGGCCGCCCCCUCCCCCACAGCCCCCCCCCCUCCACCCCUGCCCCAACCCCCACGGUGCCACGUGGCAGUCCGAGCACUGCAGGACGGGCAGCCCGUGUGCUGGGAGGUGGGUGCUGGCUUGGAGCCAUUCCUAGGGAGCGCGGACGACCCUCUGGCGGCACCUCCCGAGAGGGGAGACGCCUGGGACCAAACCCUGCACCGGCUGACGGCAGCCUCCGUGGUCCGGGACAAUGAGCAGCUGGCCCUGCAGGGGGCAGAGCCGGCUCCCAUCCGCCGCUUCCGGCUGCGGGCCCUCCAGACAAGCAAAGCCAGCGCGGCCGCCUCCCUGUUCACCUACCCCGUGGCCGUGGACGCCGUCACCGGCGAGACCCUCCCUGCGGUGCUCCAGAUUCACCCAUCGGGGUCGGUGCUGCCAGCCCCAAGGCCUGCCUCCUCCACAGACUGUCCCGAGGCCCCCCGUCAUCCUGAGGGGCUUGCGGACAAUUCCUCGGCCAGCUCCAGGGACUCUGAGAACUCUGGUUCCAGGCUCAGCUGGAGGCGGCUCGGUUCUGGCCUGAGACUCUAUAACCCAGACCCUGACCGGGGCCUGGCUGGGGAUGGCGAAAGGAGCAGCGGUGACCAUGACUACCUCCCCUUGGUGCGGCUGCAGGAGGCUGCUGGCUCCUUCCGCCUGGACAGCCCCUUCUGUGUGGCAGUGCAGAUCCCCCGUGAGAGGCUGUGCAGGGCCUCGCCCUUCCCGGCGCACCGGGCCACCCUCAGCCCGGCCUCUGCCUCCUCACCGUGGGCUCUCCUGGGCCCGGGCUCUGGGGACGGGGUGACGGCUUCGGGCAGUCAAUCCCCCAGCACAGGCUCGGAGGGACCAGGCCAGGGGGACAGCGGGCACGGGUCUGACACGGAAGCCUCGGAGGGCGCCGAGGGCUCGGGGGGCCCUGACCUGCGGGGCCGGAGCUGGGCCACGGCCGUCGCCUUGGCCUGGCUGGAGCACCGCUGCACGGGCACCUUCGGGGAGUGGGAGCUGGUGGCGGCCAAGGCUGACGGCUGGCUGAGGGCCCAGCGCCUGCCCGAUGGGCUGGACCUGGCCGCCCUCAAGGCCGCUGCCCGAGGCCUCUUCCUGCUCCUCCGCCACUGGGACCAGAACCUCCAACUACGCCUGCUCUGCUACAGCCCUGCCAACGUGUGA